UUGAUGUCGUGUGCGUGAUAAGAAGUGUGAAAAAUAUGGCUGCAUUUUUGAGGUUUUUAGAGUUCUCCAACUGCAUUGUCUGUUUUUCUGACAGAGAUUGUACGGCUUGAAGUGGUCACGAGAGACCGCACGUUACAAAUGGCUCAGGAAGAGCAUUUCAUCUGCCGAGAAACAUUUCAGGAGGAUCAAGAAGAAGAUGAGAUUGAUCUUCCUGAUGAUGAGGCAAACCUGGAGAAACAACUGUCUAGUUUCCGCCAGCAGUGGAAAGAAGAACUAGCCGGUAGUCUGGACACAGAGACCAACGGUCAACCAAAGAAGAAUGAAGAUGAAAAUAAAGGGGUAGACCAGGUGGCUAGUGGUCAACCUAGUUGGAAUGUAAAGCAAGGUCAGAGAAAAACCACUGGUCAGUCAUUGGGAACCAGUGGUCAUCAAGUAGAGAAAGAGCUGGAGAUUGUCGGUGGUCAAGAAGAGCAGACCAGCACUGAUAAUAGAUCUGCCAAAUUGACAGCCAGCAGUUAUCAGAGAUCAGAGAAGGUAACAGCAGAUGAUGGCAGUCAACAGGUCUGCAGUGAUGCGCAAGGUUCUAUUACAGACAAGGUAGCCAGUCUUCAGGCUUCAGGUUCAAGUAAUCUUUCCUUGCAGACCCAAGAGAGUCCAGUGAAUGAUGAAUCUCUGUCAACCAAAACUAGGAGAGAAAGCGAGAUGUCAGUAGCUGACAUCGAGAAAGAGGAUGACGAUAGUGAUCGAGAAAACAUUCAGGCCAAGGCAAAGGCUCUGUUCAUCCAAGGUGUACAUGCAGAGAGAAAAGGCAAACUGACAGAAGCUAUCUGUAAAUAUCGUCACGCUAUUCAGCUCAUGCCUGAUGUGGAGUCUAAGAUCACUGAUUAUACCAUCAACCGAGCCAUGCAAGAUGAAGAUGAUGAUAUUCAAGACGGGUACCAAGAUGAUGACAGUGAUAACGAUACUCAAGAUGAUGGAAUGGAGGACUUGGUAUCGGAAUUAAAGUCACUGACUACAAAUGAUAUCAAGUCUCACUGUGAUCCUAAGUUCCCUCAGUCGAGUACACACAUCUCAUCACUGCCGAUUGAGCUUCUUCUGUACAUCUUUCGUUGGGUGGUGUCCAGUGACUUGGAUUUGAGAUCCCUGGAAGUACUUUCCUCUGUGUGUCGUGGAUUUUAUGUCUGUGCAAGAGACCCAUCCCUGUGGCAUAGAGCUUGUCUUAGUCUCUGGGGUCGGAAUUGCUGCAAGACAAAAGACUACAGCAGCUGGCGGCAGAUGUAUCUGGAGCGCCCUCACCCUAACUUCAACGGUGUGUACAUCACUAAGAAUACGUACUUCAGACAAGGUGAAACAGACCUUGAUGGGUUGUAUCGACCGUGGCACAUGGUGGAAUAUUAUCGCUAUGUCAGGAUGUUUCCUGAUGGUGUAAUAAUGAUGUACAGUGCACCAGAUGAGCCUAAGCUGGUUGUCAGUAAAAUCAAGAAUAAGAAUUCAUCUUUACCAGGCAUUCUGAUUGGACAGUAUGGGAUUGUAGAUGACAUGGUUAAAGCAAUACUUCGUAGAGAGAAUACCGUGGACUAUGAAUCUGGAUUCAAUCGCUACAUCAGGUUCAAACGCAACAAGAAUGUGAAAAAUGACAUCAGCUACACAUUCCACUUGGAAUUUAGUGUGCGAUCUGCCGGCCAUCAUCCAAACUGCAAGUUGGAAUGGAAGAGCUAUUGGUGUCAAACCCACCACAGACCCACUGGUAAUACUAGCGUUGCAGACUUUGAAGUAGAUGGCUAUAAACCACUCAUAUUCAGCCGAGUAAAGAGCUACACUGUCAACACAGACAAACCCAUGUAGACUCUACAUCAACGUGAUCAAGGAGUGUGUCAAGCUAGGAGGUGUAAGGGCAGAGAGACGACCAUGCUGAAUCUACUUCACAUAAGAAGUUUGUCAAUGGCAUAGGGUUUUAAUCUAAUUGUGAUUUUCCUACUCUAAAAAUGAGUGCUAUGUAAUCUUUGUGUGUAAAGACUGUCAAAUAAAGUUAUAGCAAGAAAGUUUAAGAAAGAACAAAUCCACACAGCAAAGCACAAUGUAGGUAGAUAAGAUACACAUGAGCAUCAUGAUGAUGCUACCAUCAAUCGUCAUCUGAAUAUACAUUGAUAUUUUGUUCCUAUUCUUUGGUGCAACUUUUCUUUAUGCUGCUACAAUCUUGUUUUUCUUCUCAACUAGCAACCAAAUUGAGGCUCGAAGGAAACAAUAGUCUGAUUCCUUUUUAUGAAAUGAGAAGUAGACAAGCCAGUAAAUGCCAGUAUUCCUUUGUCUGUACAGGGAACCUGACACACUACAUGUCGUGGUGAAGGUUUAUAAUCUGCAGAGAAACACCAUUCAGUGUACAUGUAGAACCAAAAUAUGUACAUUAUGGAAGCUUUGGUUGGAAAUCAAGUCUUAAAAAAUAGUCUUUGCACCUUGAAGACUAAACAAUAUUAUGCCAUGCGCCGAUUUUUGACCGUUUUCAUGGCUAUAAUAAUGGUUUAUUUUGGAGGUUUUAUUGUCCAUGAUGCAUGUGAUGGUGUUUCCAGUCUUUAAUAACUGUUUUGGGUAUAAAUUAAUAAACCCCCUGAAGUGAUACAAAUAAUGUUUGAGAGCGCUUUCACGCAGUCAACAAUUCUGGGAUUUUCUUGUGUUCUUGCAUUGUAGCAGAAUAUACUCAAUUGGUGAAAUUUCCAUUUCACUUGGCUUUGCCUCAUGAAAUAGAAUAGUCCAGAUUUCACUUGGUGAUUAUAUUAUGUGACAAUACACACCCAUGUAUUUGUAGGAUUUAGCUCUAAACUCAGAGAUAACUUUGUUUUGGCAAGUUGUGAAUUCUAGGGAAUACUUUCAGAGAAGUUUCAUGGACUGAGAAGAGAGCCACUUUCUUUUAAAAAAAAGUGAACUUUUAUCAGAAACUGAUGACUGCUUUUAAAGUUCAUGGUUUGGUUAGUGUUUACAUUGGAUGUUCAUAGCACACCCUUUAAAGCCAUUGGACCCUUUCGGUAAACAGUGUUGUCCAAGGCCCACACUUUGUGUACCACAACUUCUAUA